AUGUCGCCAUACGAGGAGUUUCCACGCUUUGCAGAGGGCCCAGGAGACGUCCCCGAGAUGAACGCCGAUAAUGGAAAGUACGCCGCAGUCGAGGGUACUGCGCCGGCUGAUGUGGAUAAGCGUGUCGACACGGCUCCCGCAGACAACAUUGGGCAGACCGAGGCUGCAGUCGAGUCCACUGAGGCAGGUGGUGACCAGCGCGACUUUUCGGUCUUCUCGGUCUGGCAAAAGCGGUUCAUCAUCUUGGUGGGUUCGUUUGCUGCCUUCUUCUCGCCACUGUCGUCCAGCAUCUACUUCCCGGCUUUGGAUACAAUCCACAAGGAGCUUGGUGUCUCGACUUCCAAGAUCAAUCUUACGGUGACCACGUAUCUGAUCUUGCAGGGAUUCGCCCCCAUGUUGAUCGCCGGUUUCUCAGACAGUGCUGGACGCCGCCCCGCCUACAUCAUCUGCUUCACCAUCUACGUCACAGCGAAUCUGGGACUCGGACUUCAGAAUUCUUACGCGGCGCUGAUGGUCCUGAGAUGUCUCCAGUCUGCCGGCAGCAGUGGAACCGUGGCCCUCGCGAACGGUCUGGUGGGUGACCUGAUCACCUCCUCGGAACGUGGUUCGUACAUUGCAUUUGCCUCACUUGGCUCGAUGCUGGGCCCUUCGCUCUCUCCCAUCAUCGGCGGCCUGAUCAGUCAGUAUCUGAAUUGGCACUGGAUCUUCUGGUUCCUUCUCAUCCUCUCUGCCAUCUUUGCGGGCGGCCUUAUCGCAUUCCUGCCUGAGACCUGCCGCAAAGUGGUGGGUGAUGGAUCCAUCCCGCCGCCAUGGCCCAACUUGUCGAUCAGUGACUGGAUCCGACACCGAUGCCGUGAGCGAAACGGAUCCGUCUCUGCCGAGCAGAUCCUCGAAGCGAGAAAAAACUACGCGUUCCGGUUCCCGUCUCCUCUCCCUACCCUCAAGGUCGUCGUUGACUUCGAAACGGGCCUUAUCCUCCUCACAACGGGACUGAUGUACGCGGGCUUCUACGCUGUGAUGACGGGCGCCACGACGACCUUCCACGAAGUGUACCACUUCAACAACAUCCAGACUGGGUUGAUGUACAUCCCUAUCGGAGCAGGUGGUAUCUUCUCCGCGUUCACGACUGGCCGCCUCGUCGACUGGAACUACCGCCGUCAUGCCCUUCGUGCUGGACUCCCCGUCAAGCGAAACCGCCACCAGGAUAUUAGCCAAUUUAACAUCGAAAGGGCACGCCUGGAAAUCGCCAUCCCCGCAUACCUGCUCAGCUCUGUUCUGAUGAUCGGCUUCGGCUGGGUCGUCGGUAGAAACGUGAGCAUUGCGGUGCCCAUCAUCCUGCUCUUUCUGAACGGAUGGGUCUUGAACGCCUGCUCGCAGGUCCUUAACGCACUGAUGGUUGACAUCUGGCCCGAAAACCCGGCGGCGGCCACGGCCGCGAAUAACCUGAUGCGGUGCGAGCUGGGCGCGGCUGCUUCGGCGGCAAUUAACCCUAUGCGGAUGGCGAUGGGUUGGGGAUGGGCGUACACGACUCUGGGGAUGAUUUGCAUUGUUGCAUCGCCUACUCUCAUUCUUAUGACACGGUACGGUAUUGUUUGGCGACAGCGUAGAUUAACGAAGAGGCGUGAGAAGACGGAGCGUAAGAUUAACGAGGAGCUCGAAUUGCAGUGA